UGGGACAACAUAGGUAAGAACUCGACGGUGAGAAAAUAACUGGAGUCGCUUUUCGAACUUGUGGUCUAAGUACCAAGAUUGUUGGAAGACUUCGUGGGUUUGUAUCAAUAGUUAUAAUGGCUAACAUAGCCAUAGGACCCGAAGGGUGGCGAAAUGCCACCGUAAGAAACGUAAAACUGGCACAGACACUUGCUCAGAAAAGUAAUAAAAGUUCCGAAAUCGGCAAAGCGCUGGAUCCCCUUCCUAACAUGCGAGACACUGUCUGUCAGUUGAGUAAUGACGAAGUCAGACGAUACACGAGAGAUGUUCGAGCAGUUGUCGCCAGAUUGAGAGAAAGUCUUUUGCUCACAAAUGAAGAAAUCAAAUCUUUAACGCGUACCAAAGAGGCUUUGGACACGUUAUUAGAACACUUAAGAAAAGAUUUGAAGGUUAACAAAGACAGCAUGGAAAUAAGAGACUACAGACCUCCACGAGAAAAGGGACAUGAUGGCGCCGAUGAUUUGCUGUGUGCCGAGCGAGCUCAUCUUCUCAACUGUAAGAAGACGCUAGAAGCUCAGCAGAGAAGAGUCCUCCAGCAACUACAGGUCUUGGAUUGUACGAGGAGGAGGCUGUUUGCUGUAGUGCAAGAAAGAUCCAGAGUCCUCGAUCUUUUGUGUCAUUCACUGGCGUCCGUUGAGUUCUACUGUGCAAAGAGUGCUGAAGAGAGAAGGAACCGAGAGGGGCAGACCUGCUCGCCUGAGAAUGAUCUUUUCGGCCCUGGCAAUGCUGACGGUCUGGCUCCUUACACGCCCGAGUGUGACCUUGCCCUCAGUGAUGCAGCCGACGCCCGAGCAAGGUGUGCGUUCCUGCGCCGUGAAUCGAGCCAACUGAUUGACGCCACCGAGAAUCUACAGAGAGCUGCCCACCUGUCUGUCAACGAUGGGCUCACAAAGAAAAUGGCGGAAACAGUUGCACUGAAGCAAAACCUUGGUCUUGUUUUGGGAGAGAACCGCCAUUCUACCUACAAGGCACAGAGAUGGUAUGAUGCCACUGACAGAGCAAGAGGCUACACCUUGGGUCCUAUCAUGAGUAGUGAUAUAGCUGUACCAGAGCGUCUGGACCGACCACUGAUUCGAGUCUUUCAACGCCAUGUUGGCAGUCAGGUUCCUGAAGCACAGCAUAUGAUCAGGGCUGGCGAUGGUCUUCUGCAGUCUCUGACGGCAACCAGUCGAAAUAUUGGCCUGCUUCGCUUGGCACAACAGAAGCUGGACUGUGAUUUGAAAAGCAAGAGCGCUGGUCUGGAGUUUGAUGGAGAUGCACUUCGCUUGCGUCGCAGAAGAGCUGACCACCGCUGGACUCUUGGAAAUGCAUUCUAAGUCUGUACUGGACAUAUACUUUUAAAAAUACUUAGUACAAGAAGGGGCUUGCCAGCUUUCUUAGAAACCAGUCAGUAUUACCAUUAACUUUAUCAUUAAGUCUUUUAAUGGACUUUUUAAUUUGUAUGUCACCAUAAGUAUUGUUAGUUAUUCAGAUGUCUCUGUUCAUUUUGGGACUCAUUAGACUUUUUAGUGUCUGUAUUUUAUUUUUAAAAAGCACUUUUGUUUACAGUAGUAGUAGAUUGCAUAUGAAUCAUUUGUGCACAUUUAUCUGUAUUGCUUUUGUUAAAAUUGGAAAAAGAACAUCACAAUUUUAUGCUUUUAAAAACAAAAGCUAAUGAUGUUGCUAUGUGACCUUUUAGCUUUGUGUUGUUUCUGUUAUAACUGUAGUAAUAAAUGUACAAAUACAGGCUCAAGUUAACAAAACAGGGAGAAAUAUGAUAUCAGCUGGAACUAAUAUACCGUAUAAUAGGCUGCUUAAAUUAUUAGUUUUCAGUUCUAAAAUGUAAAGUGAUGAUUACUGGAAUAUAUAAAUUAAAUUAACUAUUUCGAUAUAGAUAGCAAAGAUGUUUUGAAGGUUUAGGUAUAUAUUGAGAAUGAAAAACUAUGUCAUAAUAUGUAAUAUUUGAAGUUAUACCAGUGAUAUGGGUGUAAAUAUAAAUAGUAAGUAGUUACGGUUGUUUGCUAUCUGAGUGACAUUUAAGCAAAAUGUUAUAUGAAUGUAUUAUGUUAGUUUUUAUUUUUAAAAUACUGUCAGAAAAAUAUUCAUCUGUCAUUUUACACUAAAUCACGUGUGAAAAUUAGGCUGUAAAUGUACAUUCUACUUGGUAGACUAGCCACAGUGUUUGCCUAGCAUUGUACAAGUAGUUUGAUUUCUUUUCCAGAGGGCUUUCUGUAAAAAGUUAGAACAAAAAUGACCGUUAUUCUUUAUUAAACUUUUAAAGCCCCAUGAUUAUAUCUAAUUAUAUAGGAUGAGUAUUUCUCUUAUAACACUAGGAGUUUCACAUUUGCUGCUGUUGAUGGUUAGUGUACAGAUGCAAAUUGAUUGCAUUUCCUAUAUUCAGAGAAUAUGUCUUUCAUUUGUUUGUACCUGAUGAUAAAACUGUAUAAUUAGAAGUUCAGUUGUGUUUAGGAUAUAUUUUACAAGUACCCAUGUAUCUAUUUGUUUCAACAUAAUUAUUUUGCAUAUAUAUACAUGUAUAUAUAUAUAUAUAUAUAUAUAUAUAUAUAUAUAUAUAUAUGUAUUUCAUAUUCAAGGUACAUAUUGGAAAUGUUUUAUAUUAUUUGUAGUAACUUUUACAUGUAAUACUAUUUAUUAAAAUAGUCAGUUAAAACUAAUUAUUUAGUGUAAUAUACAAAAUAUGUGCAUUAAUGGACAACUAGAUCUGAAGAUGCUGAAUAGUAUUAAAAACAUCAGUAUUGAUACUAGAUUUUACUGCAAAUCAUGAAAUUUAUGGCAGCAAGCUGUUAACGUGAAAACAUAAUUACUGGAUGCAUUAACACAAAGAAUUAAAUUAAGAAAACCAAACACACAGAACAAAAUGUUUGUUAAAAUGCAAGCAUUUUUUUAUAUGUCAAUUGAAAGUGAAUUUACAACACACAGAACAAAAUGUUUGUUAAAAUGCAAGCAUUUUUUUAUAUGUCAAUUGAAAGUGAAUUUACUGUGUCCAAGAAAAAUUUAACUUUAAAAAAGUGCAUUCUGGAGAAACUGUCCAAAAGUUGUUGUUGUUCACACAAAACAGAUGCAAUAUAUUCCCAAGUAGAUUCACUUCUGUGAUGCUCAAGUAAGAUGUAGAGGAAUUUACUACUAACCAAAUAUGGCUUUGUAUGCUACUAUGAGACUAUCAAAACAAGUCAUUAGCAAAUGUGGGUUUUUUCCUUCUACAUUUUGGUAUGAAUAAAACUACAGAAUGUACUGUUACUAUAUUGUUGAAACACAGUUAUACAUUUGCUAAACAGUAUUAUUGGCAUUGAUCAGCAUUACUAUUUUUUUUAUCUCUUUUUAUUAGCAUGUGAGUAAAGUAUUUUUUUUUUUAAAUGUCUCCAUUUUUGAGAAAUGUUUUUUCUUCUACACUUUGUUAAAACUACUAUUUUUGUAUUAGCUUUAAACAAAUGGUUAACUGUUGUAGGGAUGUUUGUUACCAAUCGCAUGAAAGUAGCCACAUUGAGUAAUUAACCUUAGUACCAUAGUAUUGGUCAUCUGUUGAGCAUUUAUAUUCAUUCUGAGACUUUAAAAUUAGUCUGCAAUAUUUAUGGUUUUGCGAGAAUUUAUAACAAAACUUGCCUUCUAAGAAUUUAGCAAUAUUUUGCCUAAAUAAAUAUGGCCCUUUUUGGAAGUGAAGACUUGUAAUUAGCAGGUAUGUGGCCUGUGGGCUGAUGUAAAUCACCACUGUUCCAGAACUUUUGAAAAUAACAACAUUUCAAAGGUAUGUUCUGAUAUAUAGUUAAUCAUCAUAUCUUGGAGGGGCGGGAUCUUGUUUAGUCAGUAACAUUUGACCGAGGUGCUUGCGUCAUAGGAUCGAACCAUCUCAGUGGACCCAUUCUCCCAUUGUUUCCCCCCGUCCCUUCAGUGCUCCAUGACUGCUAUAUCAAGGGAUGUGGUAUGUGCUGUUCUGUCUGUGGAAAAGUGCAUAUAAAAGAUCCCUUGUUGUUGGUUUUCUCCAAGAUUUAGACUGUGUCAAAAUUAUCAAAUGUUAUCAGAUGAUUAAUGAAUCAAUGUGCUCUAGUGUUGUUAAAAAAAACCCAUACUUUAACCGUUUCAUACCAUGGACUUCCGUCUAAUGCCUUUUCCAUUUUUGUGGCAGCUCAAGGUAGGUAUGGCUGUGAUAAAUGUUUGGAACAGCUGUAACAAGUAAGCAGCAAUGCUUAUGAAAUAAGAUUUGAGUAAGUUAACUGUAGUGCAUUAGUUCAUCAAGUAGAAUCAUUAAUGUAUUUUGCUAGUAGGUAUGAGUGCGUGGUGGUGCACCUUAAAUGUUACCCGUGUGUCAUGAACAAGAAUCAAUCAUUCUGUUACACUGUUUUAAUAAGACAAAGAUUUCAUUUUGGUUUCGAACUUUGCUGUGAUAGAAUUCAAACAGUAUUACUGUCAAACUUGCUUGGGUAUUGCAUUAUGUAAAUAUUUUAUGUAUCAGUAUUGCCUCUAUGCCUUAGGAAAUAGUGAUUGGUUAUUAUGAAAAGUGGAAUAUAUUGUAGUCAUUUACCAGUAUUAGAACUUGGCGUCAAGUACAAAUACAUUAAGACAUUUUGAGAAUGUUCAGUAGUAGAUUAGAGUACCGUGAGGAGCUGAUUGUAAUGUUUUUUUUUUUAAUAUACAUGUUGUGUGAAAUCUGUGAUAUUUGUUUUUAGUUGUACAAGAACCAAUGUAAUUCCACCAAAUUAGUUUAUUUAUAGUAUUUACCUGUAUUACAAAUAACUGGAUAAACACAAAACUGGGAUUUAAUUUUUUUUAUUAAAGAUAUUGAAUAAAUUUAAAUAUCUUUACAACGAUAAUAAAAUGUUAUAAUCUACAGUGGCACCAUGAAGAAAUUAUUGAAUUAAUAAAAAUAGCACUUUUUCUUCUGUCAGUACAUGUACACAUUUUUAAUUUUUUUUUUUUACAAAUUGAUGUACUAGUUAAUGAAAGUAUUAACCAAAAUAUUUGUUAGGUGAUUUUUAUAUAAUAUAUACAGAACACAUUUAAAUUUUAAUUAUUGUAUUUAUUAUAAUUCUACUUAGAAUUUGUUUUAUUAAACUUUCAGAAAUAAUUUUACAUGUACUUUGUUACUUUUUGUCUCACAAAUGCUGUUUGAAGUGCUUUUGACAAUAAACACAUUGUG